CUCAUGUUUAUAUUGGAGCCUGUGAGUGACAUCAGAGCAGGGAAGAGUAUAAACACCAGCAGGACCUUACUCCGAGACUUUUAAAACUGCAAACACAUUGCUGCCUCCAAAGUGCCUGGGGACUGAUGUGCUGAAGUGCCAGAGAGUAAGGCAGCAUGAGAAGCCAACUGGAAAAGCAGCUGCUCUUCUUCUCUCUUCUCUGCAUCCUUUCCAAGGUCUGUACUCAGCUCUGCCGGACACCAUGCUACUGCCCCUGGAUCCCACCCCGCUGCCCUCCCGGCGCCCCUCUGGUUCUGGACGGCUGCGGCUGCUGCAGGAUAUGCGCGCGACGCCUGGGAGAGCCCUGCAAUCACCUCAAUGUGUGUGAUCGGAGCCAGGGCCUCAUCUGUGAUUACAGUGAUGACCACCUGGGGAGAGGAGGAACCUGCAACUUUGAGGAGGAAGACGACAGCUGCGAGGUGAAUGGAAAGGUCUAUCGAGACGGUGAGGUGUUCCAGCCCAGCUGUAAGAUCCAGUGCCGCUGCUCAGACGGAGGCUUCACCUGUGUACCCCUCUGCAGCGAGGAUGUCCGCCUGCCCACUCCGGACUGUCCCCAUCCGAGGCGUGUGGAGGUCCCAGGGAAGUGCUGUCAGGAAUGGAUCUGUGAGAGGCGAGACAGUCACUUCCUUCAGGAUGCCAAGCCAGUGCUUAGGCCGCCUGGGACAGCAUCAACAAGUUUUUCCUACCUCUGUGAAGAAUGGAGCACAGAGUGGAGUGCCUGCUCUGCAACCUGUGGCAUGGGGAUUUCGACACGGGUGUCAAACCAGAAUCGGUACUGCAGGCUCGAAACUCACCAACGUUUGUGCAUGCUCAGACCCUGCCAGGCUCUCCCAGGAACAUCUAAUACAAGGGCAAGAAGAGGUCGUUUGUAGCCCCGCCCACACUGUUCAGAUUUUGGUGUCAAGACUUCAUCCCAGCAGCCAGAUUGACCCAAGCCCAGGUCGCUAUGGUUGCAGCAGAAACGGGUGUUCUACCCCCAAUGAAGCUAGGGAAGAACUGACUGACUUCAGCUGCAAAGGAGGAUGAAGAAUCUGGAACAAGAUCCCUGCCCCCUUGCUCGUGCCCAUUACGGUUUCUCUAGACAAUGUGGGGAAAUCCUGCCACGUGUAUUUUAAACCGUGCAGUGGCAACGUAAGCUUAUUGCCAGCUUGUGACCGCUGUUGUAGUAUGUCCCUUGCAAAUGAUGCUGUGUGGGUACAGUCACUCAUGGGAUCAUGCAUGAUCCCCUCUGCGGGAGAGUCAUUAUAAUGCCCCGGCAGGCCAGGCUGUCGCUGCUUUUCCAAGUAGGUUUUUAUCAUUCAGAAUUAAGCAAUGGGGUUAGUCUGGGGUUAGCUUUGCACGUGCUGCCUGGGGCUGUCACUCUCAGGCAGGUUCUGGCUACCCCUUGUGUGAGGGGAUCUCUUAGGAGUGCCGGGAUCCCCCAGGAAAUGCUCAGAUGGAGCAGUCACUGCAGUAGGGGAGGCAAGGAGGGCACAGUAAAGCUGGAUCUUCAGACACAAAUGUGCUCGGCGCUCCGGGCUGGCUCCAAGGCUCGCUGAAGUCGAUGGACAGACUCCCAUUGAUGUCAGUGGGCUUUGGAUCAGGCCCCGAGAGUGCUGUAGAGUGCAAUUCCCUGUACAUGGAUUUAAAAGCAUUAUUAAAGGUUAGCGGAUCUCAGCCUCUCCUCUGUCUGUGUUAGGGUCCCAUAUGGAAUAUCCGGCUAUCAGCAUUGCCCAUGGGAAUGUCUGGCUCGGAUUAUCCCGGAUGCGUGCUCUAAAGCAGUGAAUGCCUUCCCAAACUCUGGGGCAGUAUUCACAGCUGCACCGGUGCUUCAGGCCUCUGCAAUUGGUACUCUAGGAUCCCCUCUCCAUCUUGGGAUGAGUCUCUAUGCUGGGUCUGCCUUCCAUUCAGUUGUGUGCCUUCCAUAGAGCUUUGGCUGCUCACCACUGUAAGACAGGAGUAUGAAGCAGGCCAAGCGCCAUGGGGGUUAGAGUAGAUACAGUCAAAUGGAAGCAAUCAUUUGCUGGUAAAGUAUGACUCAGAGUCCCUUAACUUGGCACAGUUUCCCAGAAAAAGUUUGGGAAUCUCUAUAUUAAAGUAUGAAUAAAAAACCAAAAAGUUAGAACAAGUAAUAGGUAUGGCCACCCCAAAUCCUUCUACUUCUCCAGAUGCAGCCUACAAGGAGGGGAAUGCUUCUUUCCAAGUUCUGGGGAUGAUUUCUUGAUAUAUUUCUUGCUGGCCAGAUUUUCAAAGGCCCAAUAUGCCUGUAGCCAACUCCGAAUAUGUGUAUACAUUAAGGUUUGUGCACACACAAGUGAGGGGUGCAUCAAAAAUGCUGCUCCUUCACCCAAAUGUCACACAUACUGCUCUGCUUUGUUUUAAUUUGCCAGCUAAUGCCAAGACAUUGACUGUCUCAAACAUUAGAAAAAACACUGUAGGGAACAAUUCUGUACUGACCUUCAGGGAAAGGACUAGAUGGCACCUAAUACCAUAAAUUCUUAUCUCUGAUUUGUACAGUUCUAUUAUUCACAUACAAUCAGCUCAUUAUAUCCAGCUAUCACCACAAAUAAACAGCACAUAUUCAAAUUGUCAUCAGAACAGGGGUCUUCCUUAUGAUAGUUUUAAUUCACCUUCCCGUCUCUGAAAAUACUUCCCUCUGAAAGUAACAAUGAAGUUCCUAUCCAGCAGAAAGCAUCUCUUUAGCAUCGCUACAUUCCGUCUACAAUACCAGUGGGUUAGCAUGUUUUUCAACCAGGCAAACAAGGAAUUCACACACUGUUGAUCCCAUUCCGAAGCUCCGGAGGUGCCACCAUCCAAGCACAAAAACCUAAAGUCCAUGGCCAAAACAAAGGCAGCAAAACAGCAAACGAACCGCAAAGCUGGGAAAGGGCCAUCUUCAAAUACAGAGGGGCUGUUCCAGCAGGAGCAGCCAAGGAAAGUUAUUCUGCAGGCAGCCCGAGCUUUAUUUUCUCACAGUGGUAAACUUUUAGGGUUAUUCAAAACUGAAGUUUAAAUGCCCUCUAAUGGCCUCUAUUUAAAUCUGCAGAGGCAACACACGUCCUCAUCCCAUGGACAAAUGUGAACUGCAACUAGAACGGAGCUGUGUUUUAGAUUAUGAAUCCAGACAAGAUCUGGCAAUUUCAGUUUUGUAUUUGUGAAUUUGAAAAUAAAAAUGUGCUUAUCUAGCUGUA